CGUAGACGACUUGAAACAGAGAAAAGUAAAAGAAGCAAAAGAAAAGAGCGACCUGCGAUGACGACGGUGGCGGCGGUGAGGAAGAGGGGCCGGCCGAGGAAGAUGCGGGAUGGCGUACACCGUCAUCGCUCGCCUACUUCCCCCUCGAGUGCCCCUGAGGCUCCUCGCCGGACGCUACGCCAGCGACGGCGACGCCCCCUUCGCGAUGGAUUCGCUGAUUUCGACGACUACUUGGAUGAGGAGGAGGAAGUGGAAGUGGAGGAGGAGGAGGAGGAGGAUCUGGAGCGGAAAAGAAAGAGGCGGCAGCUGAAGCUCAUCCUCAAGCUGCCUCCUUCUUCCCCAACCACUGACAGACGGGUGGAGCUCGAGGAGGAGGAGAGGAAGCCCCGAAGGGUUGCUCCCUCAGCGCGAGAGUCGCCGUCUUCGUCUUCAGCUACUUCGUCUUCUUACGUGGAUGACGACGCUGAGGAUGAGGGCGAAAAGGAGGAGCCAGUCAAGCCGCUGAAAAAGCGCCACUUUGAGCGAAUUGAUGCGGGUGUUCGUUCCAUUGGAUCUGCUCCCCGAGAGGUGAGGGAGAAAAAUCUCAUUCGGAGAUCCACGGGGCCUGUUUCUGGGGUGUCUACAAGUUCACAGCCUGCAGGAACACCUUUGCCCAACAGGAAGUUGUUGGAGGCCAUUCUUGAUAAGAUUCAGAAAAAGGAUACUUAUGGAGUCUUUGCGGAGCCAGUGGAUAUCGAAGAGGUUCAUUACUGUUUUAUAUUAUGUGACAUAAUGAUAGAAGAAAGCAACUGGUUGACUUCCUUACAAUUUACUGUCAUGCUUAUUCUGCUUCAGCUUCCUGAUUACUUUGAUGUGAUUGAGCACCCAAUGGACUUUGGGACUGUUCAGAAGAAAUUGGCAAGGAAUUCAUAUCGGUCUCUUGAACAAUUUGAGGGUGAUGUCUUCUUAAUUUGCAGUAAUGCUAUGCAGUAUAAUGCACCAGACACAGUAUACUUUAGACAGGCACGGGCCAUGCAAGAAAUUGGGAGAAAAGAAUUACAAAAGCUACGAACUGAGGUCAAAUUUAUCAAACCUGAUUCAAAAUCUGAAGAGAAGAUCAGACUAAAUCCCAUUGAGAAAAAACCACUGCAAAAGUGCCUGCCAAGAGUUGUGCAAGAAUCAUUUGUUUCUGAUAUUUCAUCUGCCACAACUCUUGCUUCUGGAGGGGACAUUGGUACUGGUUUAAGCACAGUAGAAGCUAGUGGUGCAGAUCCUGCUACCACUUCCAAUGGUCUUGCUGAUGGCAGUUCUUCCCUGGGUGACAGUAAAUCAGAAAAGACGGAUGACCUUAGAGUGAAAGGCUCUCCAUCUAAGCUUGGGAAGCGAUCACUUGAUGUAGAUGAAAAUAGGCGUGCCACUUACAAUAUUAGUUGUGACCAAGAAAGCAUAGCAGAAUCUAGCACUGUGUUUGAUGUUUUUGAGGGAGACCAAAGGCAGCUGAUUGCUGUUGGAAUUGAUGCUGAAUACGUGUAUGCAAGGAGCCUGGCCCGUUUUGCAGGCAAUCUUGGUCCUUCUGCCUGGAAAAUUGCGUCAGAGAGGAUUGCAAAUGCUUUGCCUUCUGGUGUAAAGUAUGGCUAUGGAUGGGUCGAUGAAUAUGAACCACCUCUAAGUCCUAUUGUGUGCAGUCCCAAGUUGAAACAAAAGCAGAUUAAUCAGAAUACAACCGUUCAGUUUAAAAUGCCUCUGAAGAAGGAUAAAGUAACGACAGUUGGUAGAAAAGCUAGUGGAAAUGGAGAUUUAAAGGAAGUAGAUGAUUAUAACACACAGAGUCAGCUUCGAACCAGUUUUCACAACAGAGAUUCUGAUCCUGUCAAGGAAGGAAAUGAUCUUCCUAGACUUCAUGGAACAAAGAAACAAUCACCCAACACUAUCUCUGUACCCCGGCAAAGGACAGAUGCUGCUGUAUUGCAGAAGAACAAACAAGUUACAUUUAAUUUUACUAGCACUAGUGCUGCUUCUUUAGAGCAAGUUCGAGAAUGUCAGUCAAGUUCCUCAAAUACUAGAUUGAUGAAUCAAGCUUUACAGAGCUCUCACGUUUAUGAUAGUGUAGUCCCUUCUAGACCACCUGCCACUGUUAACCAAACAGACAGAAAAACUGUGCAGCCAGAAACUCUAAAACAAAUGGAAUCAUCAAUGGCACCAAGCAGGAAAUCUAAUGAAAAAGUCACUGUUGGUCAAUUCAGUAGUGGAAAAGUCUCGGCUGGUUCUUGCAAUAGUCUUGAUAAUACCAUGAGAUUUCUUUCCCCAAAUCAAACACGAGUCGUAGCCAAUGACCCUCUGUCAUUGGCCAGUUAUGAUCAUGGCCUUGAUGAUCCUUCAAGAUUAAUGGGCUUGCCAAUCAAGAUGUUUAGCCAGCCAAACAUUUCAAGCAAUUCAAAUUCUCCCAAAACAUUCCCGUCAGUUGUUCCACCAAGUGGUAGAGAAAAACCAAAUGUUCCAGAUUAUGUCGCAGCACAAAUGUGGAUGGCUGCCAGAGCUUCCUCACACUCUAAACCACUACAGCAUACGGUAGAUGCUUGCAACACUUCAAAUGGAUCUGUUUCUACAUUUUCUUAUGGCUCAUGGAGAGCGCCAAAUUCAUCCCCCAGGAUCUCCAACGAUUCCAUUACAAUCUCCAUGUCUCAAGCUUUUAGGCAACCUAUCCAGGUGGUAGGUUUGGAACCUCAGGUUCGUGACAAGGGACUGGUCAUCUUCCCUCAGCUAGUUGCAAAUGAUAGGUCUGGAUUUCAAAAUCAGAGUCCACGACAAGGUCUGGUUCCACAAACAGAACACAAGCAUAGCAAGAAUAUGUGCCCUCCAGAUCUAAAUAUUAGUUUCCAGCCUCCUGGAUCUCCGGUUCUGCACUCUCCUUGCAUUCUCAAGGACUCUCAGCAGCCAGACUUAGCUUUGCAGCUCUGAUAAUCCAUUUUCAAGGUUGGUUUAUGUCACGGAAACAAUAUUAUGGAUGAGGAAAGAAUGUUAAUAUGAAGUUGUUUUUCAUCAGAUGAAGCUUGUUUGUGCUUGCAAGAUGAGUAGGUAAUGGAAGAAGGAAAUCAUCCUCAUGGACUCAAUCAACCGAUCUUUUGCUUGAAUCAAUCAUUUUGGUUGGAAAUCUACAAUGUGAACUAUAGUCAUGUUGAAUGGUGAAUAGAGCCGAUUUUGUAGAUGGACAUAUGCUGAUGAAUCAUGACUGGACACACAUAUCUGAUAAUAGAUUUAGCCAUUCUCACUGACCAACCAAGGCUGAUGGUUCUUGGUCAUGAUUUCAGCUUUUGGUAGAAUCAUCAAAGAAAUCUAUGCGAAAUGCAAAUUUUCUUCUGCUAUUUGCUUUUAAUAUCAUAGUAUGUUUUGCUGGAA